AAUCGAGCGACACUAUUCCAAACGUAUAAUUGAGCUUGGCGAGUUGGCAGCAAAAAGUAGGUGAAUCGCGGAAUAAGUCGAAAUCAUGUUUCUUAACCAAGUUAAAUCAGAUAAACAAUCGAGCUCGGAAUAUUAUCAUAAAAAAUUUAGAAGAACUCAUAGUUUGAUCAAUUUCGAGCGCGAGUUCAAGCAGGAAAUCAAAGCGGAAGAACGUGUUGCGAGUGAAAUAAUAAUUGUAAAAAGCGAGGUUUCGGUGGACAUCAACAAUAAUGACGUAUCGAGUGAUGCAAAAACGGACUCCAACGCGGAGGAAAAAUCAUUCAAAUGUGACUCGUGUCCCAGAGCGUACGCGUCGAAAAAAAAUCUAAUCAGGCACCAGCGAAUCGUUCAUCCGGUAAUCAAGGAACAUCCGUGCGAGACCUGCGGCAAGAUUUUCAAUUUCAAGCGAAAUCUGCGGGCGCACUUAUGGAAGGCUCACGCGAAGAGACAUCGCUGCGACGCGUGCGACAAGACGUUCCCGAGCGAGCGAGAUUUCGAUCGUCAUCGGGACUUGGUGCAUCGAGGAAAGUCCGCGAUCAGGCAUAAGAGGGUCAAACAUCCAGCCGUCGAAAAGGACAAGUCGCAGGACAAACGCGAUGAAAAAUUAGCGCAAAAAAUCAAUCAUCCGGACAAGAGUCGCGCCAAAGUCGAGCACGAUAAGAUACGAGGAGGCAUCAAGAAGGAUCAAGUUGAAGCGGAAAAUAGAUGCGACGAAUGUGGCAAAGGAUUUUGCAAUAAGUCUAAUUUGAUAAGACACAUAAACAUUGGACACCUUGGUAAUGUGAAGGAAAAAAAGCGUAAAUGUGAUCAUUGCAAUAAGAUGUUCCGGGACAAGGAUCAAUUAGAGAAACACGUAAAAGUGCAUAAAAUACCGAAACAUAAAUGUGAUCAUUGCAAUCAGAUGUUCCAGGACAAGAAUCAAUUAGAGAAGCACGUACAAGUGCACAAAAGCCAAAAACAUAAAUGUGAUCACUGCAAUAAGAUGUUCCAGGACAAGGAUCAAUUAGAGAAACACGUAAAAGUGCAUAAAAUACCGAAACAUAAAUAUGAUCAUUGCAAUCAGAUGUUCCAGGACAAAAGUCAACUCGAGAAACACGUAAAAGAGCACGAAAGUCAAAAACACAAAUGCGAUCAUUGCGAUAAAUCAUUUGUGUGGAGCCAUCAUUUAAGAAGACAUCUGCUAAAGGUCCAUCAAGACGCAAUGAAAAAGUGCGAAUUUUGUGAGAAAAUAUACGAAUUCAGGUCCGGUCGGAACAAUCACGAAUGCGACGGACCCAAAUGUGUCAAAUGCGAUAUGAAAUUUGCGUCGAGAUACACCUUAUUGAGACACAUGAGGGUCGUCCAUCAAACGGAACAUAAAUGUAGCGAUUGUGGAAAGACGUUCAUUAAAAAAAUAAGCUUGAAUCAACACAGACGCGAGGUACACAAGUCGUGAAUCGAAACCGAAGAAAUUAAGUUACAUCGAAGUUUGACUUUGACAAAUGCAACGAGUGCAUCAAAAAAUUUGUCAUAAAUAAAAAAGGACGACGUUCAUUUGAAUCAUGCAUUUUGAAGGAAUAAUUUUUUUCUGGAUUAGCUCGUACUUUAAAUUGCGAUGACAAUAAAACAUUUCAAGAAUAAUAAUAUUAGUUCGAUUGUAAAUUAUAUUAAUUAUUAUUCUUUUUUUGCUUUUGAGUCAUUAUUUGGAGGCAUCAUCUGUUUUAUUAUAAGUUCAACUUGGUUAUUUUAUAGUCUAUCUUUAAAUUAUUCUAUAAUUUUCAUAACUAUAUUGUAAUGAAGUUCUCAUAUUCAAAUUUAAAAUUAUACAAAUUAAUUCACGACCGGACCUCAUUCGACAAAUUUUAUACGGAUGAAAAGUAAUUGUCAUAUAUAUACUUGAUUAAAUUUGAAUGGUAAUUUCAGUA